AACGACGAAUUUGUCGUUCCAAAUAGCAUUCUUAUACUAUCAGAAAACGAUAAAAUUGCAGUUAUUCCACCACUUAGCGGAGGAUAAUGGAGAUACUAAAGAAUUUUGUUAAGCUGCAACAAGAAGAAUUAAAUAUUACAGAAAUCAUGGAGCUGGUGACAUUUUCUAACUGUGGAGCAAUAUCUAAUUUUAUUGGAAUUACUAGAGAUAAUUUUGAAAAUAAAAAGGUAAUUAAACUGGAAUAUGAAGCUUAUGAAUCAAUGGCUUUAAAAGAGAUGACUAAUAUUUGUAACAAAAUCCGUUCACAAUGGGAUGUAGAAGGCAUCGCCAUAUAUCAUCGUAUUGGAGAAGUACCGAUAUCCAAAGCAAGCGUUGUAAUUACAGUUUCCUCUUCCCAUAGAGAGCAAUCACUGAGGGCAGUAGAAUAUGCUAUAAAUGCGUUAAAAGCAUCAGUGCCCAUUUGGAAAAAAGAAGUAUACGAAACAGGGGAACCACAAUGGAAACAAAAUAAAGAGUCUUCGAAAAACGAAGAAGUUCAGAUGACUUCAGAUAUAAAUGAAAAAAUACCAAAUAAAGAUGUUGUCGAUCAAAGCCUUGUACAAAUUCGAGCAAAUUCAGAAGAAUUAAAUCGUAGAAUAGAAUCAUUUAUUGAAAGAAAGCGCCAACAUGUAAAUACUGUGAAUGUUCAAGAGUUUUGCCGCUACAGUGAAAAUAAUGGUAAUGAAAAUUCUUGUGCAAGAGUAGAUGCCAUUCUUAUUCGACGAAAAGAUUCCAGAAGCCAUAUAAAAGUUCAUAGAGUGUUAAAUGAGUGGGGACCUCAAACUAUCGAUCAAUCAAUUUUACGCAAACCAAUUACAAAUAAUACAAUCGAGAGAAUAUCUAUGACAGAACGUAUGAUAGGAAUUAACAAACCAGUACCUAAAGAUAUUUACGAAAGAUUGAAAAAUAUUGAAGAUAGAAUAUUAUAUUUGGAAAGUAUAUCACCGGAGUAUAAAGAUUUUUGGACAUAAUAAUGUUACUACUUAGAUUUGUAGCUAGUAUGUGCUUCAAUGUUACUGUUUAUAUACAUUUAAUAAAAAUUUGACAUUUAUAAGAGAAAAAA